UCUGCUACCAACUGCACAAGAUAAACCGCAUGGAUUUGUUGUUGUUGCUGGAAAACGAAAAGAGGUUAGAUCAGUCUUGAUGAGUUUUCGAAGUUGAUCGCUUGAGAGGAUGGAUUCAGAUCACGAGGAAGAAAGUGGGCCUUCGGGGCCGGUGGAGAAUGCGUGGCAGAUGAAAAUACCCGAGUUUAAGAAGGAAGAUAACCCUCAUGGUUUGUUGGAGGAAAGCUCUUUUGCUACGCUCUUUCCACAGUACAGGGAGCAGUAUUUGAAGGAGGUAUGGCCCUUGGUGCAGCAGAAUCUAACGGAGCACCACAUCAAAGCGGAGCUGGAUCUGGUGGAGGGAACUAUGACUGUGAAGACGACACGUAAGACUUGGGAUCCGUACAUUAUAUUGAAAGCUAGGGAUAUGAUCAAGUUGCUGAGCAGGAGUGUUCCUUACGAGCAGGCGCAGAGGGUCCUGCAAGACGACAUCGGGUGUGAUAUUAUUAAAAUUGGUAAUUUGACGAGGAACAAAGGGAAGUUUAUCAAGAGGCGACAGAGGUUGAUUGGGCCCAACGGCUGCACACUGAAAUCGAUUGAACUCUUGACCAAUUGCUACGUGCUCGUGCAGGGGCAGACUGUGGCCGCUCUGGGUCCUUACAAAGGUUUACAGCAGGUGCGAAAAAUCGCUGAAGAUACAAUCAAGAACAUCCAUCCGAUUUACAAUAUAAAAGCGCUGAUGAUUAAGCGAGAGUUGCUGAAAGAUCCCAAAUUGAAGAACGAGAAUUGGGAGCGGUUCCUGCCUAAAUUCGCUAGCAAAAACGUGCAGACGCGUAAACCUAAGAACAAGAAGGAUAAGAAACCGUACACGGCUUUCCCUCCGGCGCAACAGGAGAGCAAGGUCGACAAGAUGUUGGCUACGGGUGAAUACUUCUUGACUGAAGAACAGAAGCAGGUGAAGAAGCAGAAGGAGAUCGAGGAGAAGAGCAAGAUUAACGCGAAGAAGAGGGAGGAGAAGAGAGGUUUGGCUUUCAUUCCACCUGAAGAGCAACCUUCGACGAGCAAACCGAAACAAACGAACACCCCGGUGGACUUGGCUGCGUUGAAAGAGAAAGUCAAGAAGGCUCAGAAGGGAAAGAAGAAGUUUAAUUUUUAGUUCUAAUUUUUUAUAUAAGUUAUAUUGAUUAAUAAA